UUGCUGACGCCUGCGCGAGAGCCCCUGGUGUCCUCUAGGACUUACCCAGAAGGCAGCGCUUCGACCUUAGGUCGUCAUGGCGGGCAGACCUGCUGUUGCAGCAUCAAGCAAGUGGCUGGAUGGUUUUCGAAAAUGGUAUUAUAAUGCUGCUGGAUUCAACAAACUGGGUUUAAUGCGAGAUGAUACACUACACGAGACUGAAGAUGUGAAAGAAGCCAUAAGAAGGCUUCCUGAGCAUCUUUAUAAUGACAGAAUGUUUCGAAUUAAGAGAGCCCUGGACCUGAGCAUGCGGCAUCAGAUCUUGCCUAAGGAGCAGUGGACAAAAUAUGAGGAGGACAAAUUCUACCUUAAACCCUAUCUGAAAGAAGUUAUUCGGGAAAGAAAAGAGAAAGAAGAAUGGGCAAAGAAGUGAUCUUGUAGUUGAGAUCUGUGGAUCUGCCUGGUCUCAGCAUAUUUUUAUGAAGUUGUUUCAACCUGAAUCACAAUUUAAGAAUUAUUUGCAGAUGCCUCACUUUAAAUAAAUGUAUAUUGAAGCCA